CCGCUAGCCGGGUACAUGGCGGCCCCGGGCGCGGGCCCCGCGGGAGCACCCCCGGGGCUGGAGGCGGCCCUGCAGAAGCUCGCGCUGCGGCGGAAGAAGGUGCUGAGCGCCGAGGAGAUGGAGCUUUACGAGCUGGCGCAGGCGGCGGGUGGCGCCAUAGACCCCGACGUGUUCAAGAUCCUGGUGGACCUGCUGAAGCUGAACGUGGCGCCCCUCGCUGUCUUCCAGAUGCUCAAGUCCAUGUGUGCUGGGCAGAGGCUGGCGAGCGAGCCCCAGGACCCUGUGGCCGUGUCUCUGCCCACAUCGAGCGUCCCGGAGACCCGAGGGAGAAACAAAGGCAGCACGGCUCUGGGUGGAGGCCCAGCACUGGCAGAGCGUGGCGGCCGGGAAGGAUCCAGCCAAAGAAUGCCCCGACAACCCAGUGCUACCAGGCUGCCGAAGGGGGGCGGGCCGGGGAAGAGCCCCACUCGGAGCAGCACCUGAGACGGGCAGACUUCUCACGCCACCCAGCUGUGGGCUCCACCAGCCUCCCAGCAGAGGCUACGUGUGGUUUCCUCCGGUUGGUAAUAAAGCUUUG